CUCUGUGCUUUCUGACUUCUGAGCAGAUUCAUGCUCGUCCGCCUGACUCUGCAAGUCUCUGGAUUUUACCAUGGCUCCCUCAGCUUCGUAAGGCAUCCCCAUUGCCGGCCUUGAGUCUGCUGGCCAAUCCUCCUGAAACGAGAGAGUCCUUAUCUCGCGGUAUCACAUUGUCUCUUUUUUCGCUCUAGGUUUUUCUAGUGCUGCUUCGUUUCACCUAAGCAGGCUGAAUUCGGAGUGUCCUCUGCGCGGAUAGCCAUCCGACCCAUAGUAGUCAUGGCCAAGAGAUUUGACCUAGAUGGCAAGGAGAUCGCACCUAUUAGGAUGUGUAUAAUAGGAGCUGCUGGUUUCAUUGGAUCACACUUGUGCGAGGCUUUGAUGUGGGAGACCAACCACAUAGUGGUGGCUGUUGACAUGUACAACGACAAGAUCGAGCACUUGCUGGGUGAUUCUCAUCCAUGGAGCGGUCGUAUGGAAUUUCACCAGUUCAACAUCAGCAAUGAUCCGCGUCUUGAAGGCAUAAUCAAGUCAUGUGAUUUGACGAUCAAUUUGGCUGCCAUCUGUACUCCAGCUGAUUACAACACAAGGCCUCUGGAUACCAUCUACAGCAACUUCGUCGAUGCUCUCCCUGUGGCCAAGUUCUGCUCGGACUUCAAAAGGAGGUUGAUCCAUUUUUCCACCUGUGAGGUCUAUGGCAAGACUGUUGGAGCAUUCUUGCCUCCUGACAGCAAUCUCCGCAAGGAUCCCCAAUAUUAUGUGCUGAAAGAAGACGAAACACCUUGCAUCUUUGGCCCUGUGCAAAAGCAACGGUGGUCAUACGCUUGUGCGAAGCAACUCAUUGAGAGGGUCAUCUUUGCUGAGGGGGCUGAAAAUGAUCUUCGUUUCACCAUCGUCCGCCCGUUCAACUGGAUUGGUCCCCGCAUGGAUUUCAUUCCUGGAAUCGAUGGCCCAAAGGAUGGCGUGCCCCGUGUUCUUGCUUGCUUCAGCAAUCAACUUUUACGGGGAGAGCCACUGAAGCUGGUUGAUGGUGGCAAGUCGCAACGGACCUUUGUGUACAUCAAGGACGCAAUCCGAGCCGUGAUGCUUAUGAUCGAGAACCCGGAGCGAGCUAAUGGGCACAUAUUUAACGUUGGAAACCCCAAGAACGAAGCUUCUGUUCGUGAGCUGGCUACAAUGAUGACAAGGAUCUAUUGCAAAGUGAGCAAGCAAUCAGAGCCAGCAACGCCCACAGUUGACGUAACAUCCAGUGACUUCUAUGGAAAGGGUUAUGACGAUAGUGACCGCCGCAUUCCAGACAUGACGCUUAUCCAGCAACAGCUUGGAUGGGAGCCAGAGACGUCCUUGGAAGAGUUGUUGGAUGUUACCUUGACGUAUCAGUACAGUACAUAUGCUGAGGCCAUCAGGCGAUCAAUGGCACAGACAACUGCAGCGACCUGAACAUCUAUGACAUGAAGAUUCAGAACUGGAAGCAAGCUCAGAGGCAUCUAGCUCAUUAAUAUAUCAAUUCUGUAGUUCUAGCAUUCGUCCUUAGUUCGGCAUCCAAUGUCUAGUAUUAUAUGACGUCUGAUGUAGCAAGCCCCGAGGCAUCUAGCACAUUAACUUAUCAAUUCUGUAGUUCUAGUUCGCAUUAUGAAGUCCCGUAUUUACAUUG